UGAUUUAAUGUGACUUUUUACAGUAUAAAAAGGUCAAGAAGAUCUACAGGCUUCUCAAUGGAGUGUCUUCAGCUUUGUGUCUUUUGCUGAGCAACUUUUUUUUAUUAGACAGUUUUCUGUAAAUACGUUUCCGUUGUCAGGAAUAAAUGAUCACCUCAACUCGACGAGUCUCUGCAGAUAAACCUGAAGUACGAAUCGCUUUCAGCCUCAACGAAUCCUCAGAGUUGAAAGAUGCAGAGGAUCCCCUUCCAUCAUUCCCUGACCUUGAGCAGCGCCUGCAGCCGGUGCUGCCGUGUCGGUCUCUAAAGGAGUCCAUAGAAGUGUACAAAGACCACUGCAAGAUGGCCAAUGAGUUCAACCAGGUGAAACAUGAAAUCGCCUGGCUGGAAGACAGAAAGAAAGAGCUCAUGGCUGAGCUGCUAGAGGACGAAAAGGCUUCGAUGGAGUUUGUGCAACUGGAGGAGGAAUACAGGAUUCUUACGGAAGAGAACCAGAACCUGAUAACAGCCCACAGCGAGCGAGCGCAGCAGCUCGAGACGCUCCGAGUGGUCAGUCAAAAGAGGCAGGGCUCCUCGUGACCUUUGACACCAAUGUGAAAGAUCUUUCUCUUCUGGGUCUUUACUACAGCUUAUAAACAUCUCAGCGUUCCUUCAGUGGUUAUGCUCUGAAGCGUAAAACUGAUCUUGAAUCAGUGUGCUUAGACUGAGACACUUAAUCAAUGUAUAUAUAAUAUUUUAAGCUUAUAUGGGUCCUUUCAAGAGCAGAUGGUCUUGUGGCCCAAAGAUGAGUUGAGGGAUCACCGCACUCAUAUAUUUCUGAAUAUAUACUACUACUUUGUGUGAUUUAAGGGUGUGUAUGUGGAUGCACUCCCCUAUAUUAUACAGUUGAAAUUGUAUCAGUGUUUUACAAUGUAAACUGCUCUGCUGAAAAAGAGUAAAUGUUACUCUUCAGUAAAAGUUUUUACUGUUUA